GCGUCGGGCGCCGCUGACAUCAUGCUGCAGUAGCGGGGCUGGGCAGGGCAGGGCAGAGAAGGCAGCAGAAGAGAGAGAGAGAGAGAAGGAGAGUGUGUGAGAGAGAGAGAGAGACCCGUCCCUCCCUCCCUCUCUCUUUCCCUGCAAGAUGGGGUCCGGGCAGCCCCUCGCCUGCCUCCUGCCAAUGCUGCUCCUCCUCUCCGCCGGCGCCCUGGGCAACAAAGCCAACAAGCACAAGCCCUGGAUUGAAGCUGAGUAUCAAGGUAUCGUCAUGGAGAAUGAUAAUACAGUCCUGCUGAACCCGCCACUCUUUGCUUUGGACAAGGAUGCACCAUUGCGCUAUGCAGGUGAAAUAUGUGGAUUCCGGAUCCAUGGAGCAGGGGUGCCUUUUGAAGCAGUGAUCCUGGACAAAGCAACAGGCGAGGGAUUGAUCCGGGCCAAAGAGCCAGUGGAUUGCGAAGCUCACAAGGAGCACACUUUCACCAUCCAGGCCUAUGACUGUGGGGAAGGACCAGAUGGUGCCAACACCAAGAAGUCCCACAAGGCCACUGUUCAUGUACGUGUGAAUGAUGUCAACGAGUUUGCUCCAGUCUUUGUGGAUAAGCUUUACCACGUAGCGGUGACUGAAGGAAAGCUCUAUGACCGCAUCCUGCGCGUGGAGGCCAUUGACGGUGACUGCUCCCCUCAGUACAGCCAGAUCUGCUACUAUGAGAUCCUGACUCCCAAUGUCCCCUUCCUCAUUGACAAUGACGGAAACAUUGAGAACACUGAGAAACUGCAGUAUAGCAGUGACCGCCUCUAUAGGUUUACUGUGACAGCCUAUGACUGUGGCAAGAAACGGGCCUCUGAUGAUGCAGAGGUGGAGAUUCAGGUGAAGCCCACUUGUAAACCCAGCUGGCAAGGUUGGAAUAAGAGGAUUGAGUACACCCCGGGGACAGGCAGCCUUGCUCUUUUCCCCAGCAUUCACCUGGAGACAUGUGAUGAGCCCCUCUGGAACAUCCAAGCCACCGUGGAACUUCAAACAAACCAUGUGGCCAAAGGCUGUGACCGUGACAAUUAUUCUGAGAAGUCUCUGCGCAAACUCUGUGGUGCUGCCACGGGUGAGAUCGACCUGCUGCCUGUCCCUAGCCCCAUGGCUAACUGGACGGCACGCCUUUCAGUCCAUUACAGCCAGGAUAGCAGCCUCAUCUACUGGUUCAAUGGCAGCCAGGCCACCCAGGUGCCCAUAGGCAGUGGAACUGGUGCUCUCGAAGGACUGAGUGACCAUUUUACUUUGUCUCUGUGGAUGAAACAUGGUGUGGCACCAAGCAAGAGCAAGAGGGAAGAGGAGACAGUGAUCUGCAGCACCAUGCAGAGCGAAGAUGGCUAUUCCCAUUAUUCCCUGGCUGUGCAUGGGUGCCGCAUAGCUUUUCUCUACUGGCCGUUGCUGGAGAGUGCUAGGCCUGUCAAAUUCCUCUGGAAACUGGAGCAGGUCUGUGAUGACGAGUGGCACCAUUAUGCUCUUAACCUAGAGUUCCCCACUGUUACACUUUACGUGGACGGUGUUUCCUAUGACCCCGCACUGAUCCAUGACAAUGGGCUCAUCCACUCCCCACGGCGUGAAUCUUCCCUCAUGAUCGGAGCCUGCUGGGCUGAAGACAAAAGCAAAGAGAAAAUAAAAGUGAAUGAGAAUGCCACAGAUGUGGGGCAAGGAGACCCUCUGCUGAUUCACCACUACUUCCACGGUUACCUGGCUGGCUUCACUGCACGUCCUGGCAGCCUUGAGAGCCGGGAGGUGAUUGAAUGUCUCUAUGCCUGUCGCGAGGGGCUGGACUACAGCGACUUUGACAGCCUCGGCAAAGGGAUGAAGGUUCAUGUUAACCCCUCUCAGUCUCUUCUUACCUUGGAGGGUGAUGAUGUUGAAACCUUCAACCAUGCGAUCCAGCAUGUUGCCUACAUGAACUCGCUGCGUUUUGCUACUCCUGGAGUCCGACCCCUCAAGCUAACCACUAAAGUCAAAUGCUUCAGUGAGGAGUCCUGUGUCUCCAUCCCAGAUGUGGAAGGUUACGUGGUUGUCCUUCAGCCUGACGCUCCUCAGAUCUCACUCAGUGGCAGCUCCCACUUUGCCCGCCCUGCCUCUGAUUUCGAACGCCCUGAGGGAGUUCCUCUCUUCUCUGACCUGCAGAUUUCUUGCUCCAUUUCACAUCAGGUGGAGGCCAAGAAAGAUGAGAGCUGGCAUGGCACAGUGGCAGAUACACGGAUGUCAGAUGAGAUUGUUCACAAUCUGGAUGGCUGUGAGAUAUCCCUGGCUGGUGAAGAACUGGAUCCCGAGAAGGAGUACCUUCUUCUGGAUGGAGCCUCCCUCCAGCAGCGAGGCUUGGAGCUUAUCAACACCUCGGCUUAUCUUACAGUCACUGGCGUGGAGAGCAUUGCUGUGUAUGAAGAGAUCCUUCGCCAGGUCUCAUAUUGCAUCCGUCAUGGCGCUGCCCUCUAUGAGAGGAAGUUCCGCUUGUCUUGCACAGAAAUGAAUGGGCGUUACUCCAGCAAUGAGUUUACUGUUGAGGUGAAUGUCCUUCAUAACAUGAACCGGGCGGCUCAUCCCAAUCACAUUAUGAGUUCCCAGCAGUUCGUGCACCGAGGCCAUCACCUGCCACCAGAGCUCUCUGGGCACAGCUUGGCUAAUGUCCAUCGCAACUCCAUGGUCCCCAGUGCUGCUACUGUGAUCAUUGUGGUGUGUGUCAGCUUCCUGGCCCUGAUGGUCAUCCUGGGCAUCCUACGCAUCCACUCCUUGCACAGGCGAGGGGGCGAGCGGGAGUGUACAAGCGAAUCUGCCGGGAGCCAGGGAGGGUCCCAUGCCAAGGAGAGUGAGAUGUUCUGGGACGACUCUGCUCUCACCAUCAUCGUCAACCCCAUGGAGUCGUAUCAGAACUGCCAGGAGAGGGCAGCAGAAAGCACAGAGUCUAAGGCCAGAGAGGCAGCUGAAGAGGAGGACAGCAGUGGCUCUGACUCACCAGACAGCCCUGGCAGUGAUGCUGCUGAGAGCCAGCGCAUUGUGGGCAAGCAUGAUGCCCCUUGCUGCUACUAGAGGCAUGCAGUGGAGGGUGGGUGGGGGGAGAGGAAGUGGAAUGCCAACAAAGGGAGGUUCUGAUGUUGUUUAGUAUUUGAGGGGGGCGGGGGACAAACCUAACCCCUUACCGUCUUUCUCGUCUUACUCUUCCUACUCUCUUGUCCUGCCCCUUCAAUUUUCUCCAAACCUCCUCUGUUUGCACACUGGAAGUACAACAUUUUGAAGCAUGAGGCAGAAAAUCUAAUUGGCAUCCUCCCUGCCCCAAGUAAAAUACAGGACAUAAUCUGCCGGCAGUUCUCCAGUGCAAGCCAAACAAAUUGAUGAGGGAGUUAUGUAUGGAUUACAUCCCAUGGCUCAGGUUUCUCUCCAAUCCUGCUGCCCAGCAAUUUGCUUCCCGAGGUGGUUGCUUUGGCCUGCUGCACCACAGAUCCGCUUCCACCUCCUGUCCCGGCCUUCUUUUCAAGAGCAAUGUCCGAGGAAAGGAUCAUCUUUCUUCCUAGGCUCCUCUCGUCUUGCUGAAACUCAAGUGAGGCACUUCUGACCUCCUUCUCUAGCAGAAGGACCUCCAAUUCCCAUCCCACCAGGCUAGGAUGACCUUGGUUGGCAUCCUAUGCAGCAGGAAUGCAGAGAAAUGAGAAGGGAGCUAGGGCAGGGAUGACAUAAGGGGUAAAUCAGACGCCCCAAGAUACUAUAUAUAUAUAUUGUAUAUUUUUUCAAUGUUGUUGUUUGAGGUUUAUUCUCGUUUUCUUGUUUGAGGCCAACAAACAAAAAACUGCUGCUUGUGUUGCUUUGUAAAAUUGUCAAUAAUAUUCGAAGUGAAGAAAAACAAUGUCGAGAAGAGAAUGGAACAGAUUUUAAAAUAAAAAGAAUUUUAAAAAGUCAA